AUGUCUUGGCCUGAAGGGAGUUCCAGCUGGCAAAUGCCAUCGAACUCCGAGUUCAGUCCGAUACCUCCUACUCCUGGACUGACGGAAAAUUCACUUUCAACACCUAUCAACCCUCGUCCAUCCACAUGGUUCUCUAUCACGUUGAGUAAAUAUCCAAACAACCCACCUACCCUCUUGACUCUACUAGGGAAAGAUCACCUUAAUUCUCCCCUCACAAUCCCAAUUCAUCACCAAUCAGUAGAAUUAACAUUGGUUGAAAAAGACUCGUUUGAGAUUUUGACCAAUGUGAGAAAAGCAAAUAUAACUUCCACCUCUUUGAACCCUUUUGGUAUAUGGACAAGGGGCAGUACAGUUAAUAAGGGUUUUGGAUAUGUCAAGAUUUCAGUGGAUAAUGUGAGAGUUGAUGAAAAAUAUUAUGAAGAAGAAGAAGAAGGAGGUGAUGAUGAUGAUGAUGAUGAUGAUGAUGAUGAUGAAGAGGAAUAUGGACCAAAUGUUUCUCAUGUGACAAGUGUUACACUUUCUUUUCCUGAGUUUGUAUUGAAUCAAGAACAAAAUCAAACUUCCACAUCAAAAUUGAAAACAAGAACAAAAGGUAAAGAUAAAGGUAAAGGUAAAGCUCAAACUAACACUUCAUCUACUAAACAGAAACAACCUAAAAAAUUUAGACAAUCUUCUUCAACCUCAACAUACUACCCCAAUCAACAAGAACAAGAACAAGAAGAAGAAGAAGACGAAGAUCCAACAACAACAUUAUCUAAUCUUUUCUCUUCUACAAGUUUGACAAAUCAUUAUAAUCUCAACCCUUCACCACUUUUACAACAUUUAGAUUACUUCUUAUCUCAAGACAAAGAACAUAAAAUGCAAAUUCCAUGGUUUACAAAUAUACAAGAAGAUCCAAAUGGUACUACUAUAUAUCUAUCAGCACCUGAAUCUGAAAUAAUUUUCAAAGGUGAUUUACAAGUUCAAUGUACUUUGAUAGAUCAAACUGAAGUUUGGAGGGAUGGAAGAGGUUUGAUUAAAUUUUUACCAAUGGCAAUUUUUGAAAGAGAUUCUAUGAGAGUUUUAAAGUUUCAUGGAAUAUCUGAUUAUUGUUUGUCAUAUUGA